AUGGCAGCUCUCCUGCUGCUGUGUGUGUGGAUCUCUGUGCCGUUCUGUCUUUGUGAGAAGGCUAAGGAGAGGAGCGCGCGGCAGAGAGACGCAGAGUUCACAGACAAGUACAACUCAUGUAUGCAGGGUCCUCCUGGAAUGCAGGGCAGGGAUGGUAAUCCGGGCGUUAACGGCAUUCCGGGCACCCCAGGGAUUCCAGGCCGGGACGGUAUGAAGGGGGAGAAGGGCGAGUGUGUGACUGAGAGGUUUGAGGAGCCAUGGAGACCGAAUUUCAAACAGUGCGCCUGGAGCUCCCUCAACUACGGCAUCGACCUCGGCAAAGUCGCGGAGUGCACCUUCACUAAGCUGCGGUCAGACAGUGCUCUGCGAGUGCUCUUCAGCGGCUCUCUUAGGCUUAAGUGUAAGGCGGCGUGCUGCCAGCGCUGGUACUUCACCUUUAAUGGGGCGGAGUGCACGGGACCUUUACCCAUAGAGUCUAUAAUCUACCUGGACCAGGGCAGCCCCGAGCUCAACUCCUCCAUCAAUAUACACAGGACAUCUACAGUGGAGGGAUUGUGUGAGGGCAUCACCGCCGGCCUGGUGGACGUGGGCAUAUGGGUGGGCACCUGUGCGGAUUACCCUCGCGGCGACGCCUCCACAGGGUGGAACUCGGUGUCCAGAGUGAUCAUCGAGGAGCUUCCCAAAUGAGCCGACCGUCUCCGUCGCCAUGGCGACACAGAGGGAAACAGAAGCAGACCUGUGGAGUAUUUCACAACGCAGGAUGUUUCAGUAAAGCGGGACAACUUUAGGCCGCAGUGAGGAUUUUUUCAGUAGGAAUGUCCCUGGAAUACUCUUAUAUUCAGUUUGGUCUUUAAAGGGACCAUAUUUUACAUUUACGUAUGUUGUAUGUUUAUGUACCAAAACAAUUGUCAUGUUUACAACACCGUCUUCCAACCCCUCUGUAUCCCGGGUUGUUUUUGUUGCUGCGCCUUUAACACUUGUAUAUGUAAAUGAGCCCUGUUAUGAUUGGCUGUGCCUCAUUCCAAAGCAGUCCAGGCUGAAACACUACUUAUAACUUCAGUGUGAUGGGUGGAGCCGUACUUCUUUCAGGAAAAUAGGCAGAUUUAUGAAAAUGGACUGUUUUUUGUGACGUCACAAUUUAAAAUGGACUGUUUGUGCCGUGUAUGGACUGUAUGGACUGUGGAGUGAUCGGUAUGUUUUAAAAUAAAAUUACAUCAAGUUACAUUUUCCAUGAUAUGGGCCUUUUAAAGGGAUAUUCCAACAUUAUUUCAACCUAAUCUCUUUAUGCCACAUCUGUACUGUAGCCUCAGUCGCUACACACAACAAUUUUGGUGCAUUUUUCUGUACAGAGCACACUUGAAACAUACUUAUCACAGAAGUCAACAGGCGGCGGCUGAAUCCUGAAAGUAAAUGUUUAUGUGAGACGUACUUUUGUAGACCGUGUUUAUGAAUACAUCAGUCCAGGUUUGUGAAUUGAGCUUUAAAUCUGUUAUUUUUGACAUGGGACUGGAUUCUUCCAGAGGGAAGGAUUUAUGGUAAUUUGUCACCCGAGUAGUGAUGCUUGAUUGCCAUAGAUACCAGAACACCUCAAAGGAAAGCUAAAGUAACCACAACCAGAGCCGGUUUAUGGGGAGCCUGGCCACAUCCUGUUUCUCCCGUUAUAUCAAAACAUGGCACCAGAGGGCGCCCACGAGUGAGUCCUCAGUGAAUCGGGGUGAAUGGAGCUAAAUGUUAAAUGUUAAAAUGCUUUGUGCUGUUCGUGAAUUCAUUCUUCCAUACGAAAAUCUUUAAGCAUUUUCAGACUCUGAAUUUGCUCAAAUGCUCCCAUUUAUUUUGGACUCGCACAGGAGCGCCCUCUAGCAUCUGACUAGAGGUUGCACGACUUCAGAUUUUUAAAAGUUGACGGUCAUGUGAUGAAGGUCGAAUUGAUGUCGGCUCAUGAAUAAAACCACAAGAGAAGAGAAUGCCUUAACAAGCGACUUUAAAGAUCUGUGACGAAGGGUUUACUAUCUAAUUAUUAGCCAUUAAUAAACACAUAAAAAUAAUAAUUCACAACAACCAGUCAUAAUCUCAUUUUAAACUAUUCAUAAACCAUUAUAAGGGUAGUGUUAUUGUAAAGUGGCACUGGGGAAUCUAUAGAAGAGAUAUUCCAUGGUAAUUUAUGGUACUGUAUCAAUACACAUGAGGAAUUCCAAAAUGCAGGAGUAUUGCUUUAAGUUAUCUGGCUAAGUGAAAACAUUCUGCUUUGUGAAAUACUCCCCAGAUGCCUUUUAUUGGGGCCCAAAACCUCGAUGGUCCAUCACUGCUUCUUCAGUAAGCAUCCCCACUCAGACUGAGCCAAUCAAGGCUUUUAGCCUGUUCCAAAUCAGUGGUUUUUAAUCCCAGUUCAUGCAUGUUUUGUGAGUUUUCUUUGCUCUGAUGUUGCUGAUUCAGCCCCGUCGGUGGUUAUCCAGCUCUUACUGAGAUGUUUUAGAGCAGAGAAAUGCAAAAACUUGCAACAAUGUUGGUUUCUUAUGACUAAGACUGAGAACCACUGCUUCAGCAGGUCGCUAAUCUCUAGCACAUUUAGCAAUAACUCAGCCAAAAUACUCAUUUAUCCACUUUCCCCUUUACUCUAAAUGUAGUAGAUGUUUGCUUUUUGGUUUUAACACUGAAGCUCUCAAGGCUAAUAUAACUUACAAGUAAUGCAAGUGAAUGCUCCACCAGUUAGCAUGGCGCUAACACACAUGACUCAAACUGUGUGAAGGUGUUCAGUGUCUCUAAUAGACUUGAUUAUGAGGUUUCUGACCCUGUGUAACUCACUGUUAUCUGGACUGAAGUACAUUAGCAUAGCUAAAAACAACAGCAAACCUGACUGAAUUUUGUCUCUACUUGUGUCCAUUUUUAGCACAAUGCUAAUU